AUGACGAUGGCGACGUUCUCGACCGCUUCUCGCGUGUGCCUGCGCUCCGCCGUCCGGCAGCCAAUCGUGCCGGCGGUGCGUUCGCUCAGCACCACGGCCGUCCGGGCCGACAACAGCGCCACGACUUCGUACACGAGCCCCUUCAAGGGCAGCGAGCACAAGGGCAACAAGAUCCCCGACUUUGGAAAGUACAUUUCCAAGAGCGCCCCGGCGAACAACAAGCUGUUUUCCUACUUCAUGGUCGGCGCCAUGGGUGCCUUGACGGCCGCCGGCGCGAAGAGCACCGUUCAAGAAUUCCUUGUCAGCAUGUCGGCGUCGUCCGAUGUCCUAGCCAUGGCCAAGGUCGAGGUUGACCUGAACGCCAUCCCCGAGGGCAAGAAUGUAAUCAUCAAGUGGCGUGGCAAGCCCGUCUUCAUCCGACACCGAACCCAGAGCGAGAUCGACCAGGCCAACGCGGUCAAUGUGUCGUCUCUUCGUGACCCCCAGGCCGACGACGACCGUGUCAAGAAGCCCGAGUGGCUGAUCAUGUUGGGCGUCUGCACGCACUUGGGUUGCGUUCCCAUCGGCGAGGCCGGCGACUUUGGCGGCUGGUUCUGCCCCUGCCACGGCUCUCACUACGACAUCUCCGGCCGGAUAAGAAAGGGACCUGCUCCCCUCAACCUCGAGAUUCCCGAGUACGACUUCCCCGAGGACGGUCUGCUGAUCAUCGGCUAA